AUGAAAAAGAGAAAGCAUUUUCCUUCACUAGGGUGUCUUUUCUUCAAGCAUAUGUUCAAAGCUCAACAAUUUGUUUGUCCAUUCCAUUCAAAUCAAUCCAUGGGGUCAGCUUUCAAGGUGUGGGAUCAUUGUCGAGCAUUGAGGAGUAUUGUAGCACAGCAAUCCUGGCAAACCCUAAAUAUGUUAUGUAAUUGCUUCAUAUGA